ACCCUCUUCACCGGAGAAAAUCUCGGGUAAAUCCAUUCUAAACGUACUCAUUGCAAUUGAGCACAAUGUUCUGACUGCUAUGAAUUAAUUUUUGUAUUCAAAACAGUGAUAGGUUAAUGUGGCUAUAUAUAUCUCAAGAUGUAGAGAGAAUUGUCUAAUCCACAGCAACCAUGUUGAAAAAAAUUGAGGUAAGCUGAUUCCAAUAGUGCAGAUACAGCUGACAAAUUUAAGCAGAUAGCUUUUGUAACUGUCAAACAACUAACUGCAAAAUGAACUAGGGUGUAGCUACCUUCUAUAUGAAGUAAUGUAUAGCAAACUGCAAAAUGAAACAGGCUGGCAUAAACCUGCAGACAUGCAAUUUAAAAUUUGCUGUAUCAAUGAGCACAUAAAAGGACUAUAACAAUUAACAUGUAUCAGCUAAUAUCGACAUACCAAAUUUGAAGGAGGGUGUUGAAUGAAGAUGCAGACUAUCGGCCUAGGUUUGAGAAAUUGCUCAUCGAAGUAGAUGGAAGGGAGAAUUCUAUCUAAGGCUUGCCAAGCUGAUCAAGAAGAAGGGCGAAUCACUCGAAGGAUGCUUUGCUUAGCUUUACUAGCUUUCCUCGAAGAAGGAGAUUCACAAUUUCUUGCUCGAAGAACAAUUCUGUCUGCAAAACUUGUCUGUUGAGUUGGAGUACCGCUGCCACCAGUUGUAGGAGCUGUAUUUUAUAUUUUAUUAGCUCUAAGUAUACGCGGGUUCUUCCAACACAGAACAAGAACAGAUGAAGAGGUAGCAUAACCCCUCAAACAUCCGCAUCUUCUUCUCUACAUCCCCCAACAACUCAACCUCUAAAACUCGUCCGACUUUACUAUCUAACAGUUUCCACUUGUCACUGUUUGCUGGCGGCCACGCAAUUGGCUCCUUUCGCUCCAACCCUGCAUGUAAAGCACGCUGAGGGUCACUGGCACUGUGGUCUAAAACCUGACCAGGACCUCCCACUGUCUCACCCAGUUCAGCACUGGUGCAGUCGCGCUCUACUGCCAUUACGCCACACCUCAUUCCUCUCCUGUGAACCGCCACACCUCUUCUCCCUUUGAACAACUUCCCGCACCCUUCACACACACCUUCUUGUUUUCUGUUUGCAAGUCAAAUUUUCCGCUCUUUUGUUACUUGAAGAAAAAAUAUAUAUUGAAGAAAGUACAGGCGAAUCUGCCCAAGUGGAAAUCUUUUAAAACUAUGUAGGAGCUGUAUUUUAUAUUUUAUUAGCUCUAAGUAUACAUGGGUUCUUCCAACACAGAACAAGAACAGAUGAAGAGGUAGAUGUUGCUGGUUUGAAGGUAUGUGCUCAACUGCCUUAGCUUGGCAGGGCAUAAUUUAUUCUUCAUUUCCUCUCUAGGCUUUCUUUGCACAAGGUACUAGAUUUCAAUACAUAUUCAAAUUAACUUGGAGGAUGACAAUAACAGAAGUAACGCAUCAUCCUGAAUAAGAACCAAUCACACAUAAGGAGUCUUACAACAUAAAUAUUCAUGAUUCAGUCAACCAAGAGAGAGGAGGGGAGUAAUUAACAUAGCUGAGAGGACCAAGAGAUAAAGGAAUUUGAUAACAAAAGGAAUGAUCAAGUGUGGGGUGCAAGGGAUGAAGGAUAGAUGAGGAUGACAAAGGAGAUGGGGAUAACAAGGAUAAAUGAGGAUAAAAGGCAAGAAUGCUGAUGGAGACUGAAGAAAAAGGGAAUUAAAUUAGGGUUAUUUUGGAGUAGAGCAAUGUCCGGAAAAUGAGAGAGGGGUUAAAGAACUAUGUGAACUCUGGCUUACAGUAAUGAACUUGUAACCAAAACUGAAAUGAACAAACAAAACUGCAAUAAACUUGAAUAAUGUACAAACUAGUUCCCUACAACUACAAAAAUAUGAUUGACCUUAGGUGAUUCAUUUUCUGAUGCUUUGACUUCAGCAAUUAUUUGACUUAAAAAGUCUUAUAUGGGAGGUCAACUUAGGCAUCAUCAACUUAUAUAGCAUUUUAUGAAUGGAACAUUUUUUGAAGUGAACACGCAGCAUCUUCAGCCUGAAUAGUAUACAGAGAGUCAUUAGUAUUCAUAUAAUUUGAUAUCAACAAAUUGUUACAGAGAGAUUUCAAGAAUAAAGUUGCAGAUGUUUACAAAAAGUGUGUUGUACCGUUUGAAUUUUGCUUAAUAGACGAAAAAUGGCAAAUAAAUUCAAAGUAUAAAUCAUUUUACAAUUGAUUGUUCAGUGGAGGCGGGACAAUAAUGAACAUCAAUUGAUGCACCUGUUCAUCUAAUUGUAUACUUUGAUUUUAAAUUAGGAACUCAGUGUGAGCAGUAAAAAAAAUACACUGGGUAUGUAAACCAAAAAUUGAUAGCCAUUUGGCAUAUGUAUGUAUGACUGGAAUUUCAGAUGAUACAAGAGCAUAAUUCACAUGAUAGACACUAUACCAAAACUUUAGAUAUAGACUGUAACGUUAUAUGUAUGAUCAUUUUUUUUAACUUUUACGAUGAAAUUACAGGCAGACAGCAAACUGAAAGAGGAAGAAUCGAGAGCAGGUAGAUACCUUGACACAAGUAAAGGAAGCAACUCAAUGAGCUUAUUAACAGAAUGCUGUGUAGAAUGUCUUGUUUCAGUCUUCAAAGAAGAGAUAUUGAGGGAGUGUGCACCAAUGAUUAAGAGUAAUGAAACUAGCAGACUAAACCUGAUGUUAAAACUAAUGGAUAGAGUUCCUGAAGGCAUCAAUCCUAUGCUUAGAGAUCUCGAGGAGCACAUUAUCGAAGCUGGUCUCGCUGACAUGGUUGCAGCGGCUGAUGUCAUCACUACUGAUUCUGAGAAGUAUGUGGAGAGGUUAUUAGAGUUAUUCCAUAGGUUCAGUAAUCUAGUCAAAGAGGCCUUCAACGAUGAUCCAAGAUUCCUAACAUCAAGAGACAAGGCCUAUAGGCAUGUAGUCAAUGAUACCAAAGUCUUCCGUUUAGAGCUACCAACAAAAAAUAAAAGUACUAUUAGUAAAGGGCAACCAGAGUCAAGAUGUCCAGAGCUACUAGCAAACUACUGUGACAUGCUCUUAAGAAAAACACCUCUUAGCAAACGACUCACUUCAGAAGAGAUUGAAAGCAAACUUAGAAAUGUUCUUCUAGUAUUGAAGUAUGUGCAAAACAAAGAUGUGUUUAUGAGGUACCAUAAAGCACAUCUAACAAGACGAUUAAUACUUGAUACAUCGGCAGAUAGUGAGAAGGAAGAAAAUAUGGUGGAGUGGCUCAGGGAGGUUGGAAUGCCAGCAGACUAUGUCAACAAACUUGCCAGGAUGUUCCAAGACAUCAAAGUAUCAGAAGACCUGAAUCAAGCCUUCAAGGAGCUUCAUAGAAACAAUUAUGGCAAUGUAGCAGAUAACAUGAACAUCAAGAUCUUGAAUGCUGGUGCAUGGUCAAGGAGUAGUGAGAGAGUACCGUGCUCGUUACCUGUAGAGUUAGAAGAUUUCAUACCUGAGGUAGAAGAAUUCUAUCGUAAUAAACACAAUGGAAGGAAGCUUCAAUGGCACCAUCUCAUGUCAAAUGGAAUUAUCACCAUGAAGAAUGAAGUGGGUAUGUUUGAUCUUGAAGUCACCACAUUUCAAAUGGCAGUACUAUACGCAUGGAACCAAAGACCACUAGAUAAAAUCUCACUAGAAAACCUAAGGCUUGCAACGGAAUUACCUGACCAUGAACUCAGGAGAACGUUAUGGGUGAGUGAAUCUAGACAGAAAUUAGACCUGACACCCCUAAACAAACAAUAAGUCAGUAAAAAUGAAAUUGGAGAUUAAUUGAUCUUGAAAAAGCACGUGGGCGAUUCCACACUAGAACUUCAAAAAUAUCAUAAAUUUCAACAUGCUUUCAAUAAGUCAUAAGUAGUGUAAUAUUUUACUAUGAUACCUAAAUCUUAUGAAAAUUAUGAGUUUUAACCAAAAGUGAAAUCAGAUAUAGUUUUUUGGGGGAAGAAUAAUGGAAUUUUCAAUAAUUUUGCUAAUUAAAUAGUCAAGUACAAACACUGCCUGAAACAAUUAUUGGCAAAGCACAAGAAGAUUGAAAAUAUUGCAGGUCAAUGGAAUAAUGUAUCAUUGAUGGUUCCAAAUGAUAUCUACAACAUUUUCAUAAUCCCUAAUAGGGGCAGCCCUGAUUUUUCCGAACCUAUUUUUGGCAAUGUCCCGUACGACACAUAAAGAUGCAAAAGUUUGUCCUACAAUUUUAUUUUUGAUGAUGCAAUUUCACAAUAUCAGUUUCUCUUUCUUCGACCCAUGGGUGAUCGAUUUAUCCCAUAAGGAUCUAAUCACAGCCCUUCAUUUUUCAAUAAUUGUCCUAUUAAAAGUUGUCCCGUACGACACACAAUAUAUAAUGCAUUUAAUUGCAGGAUUUUGAUUCAGAAACUGUAAACAGUAGGCCUAUUUUAAUUCAUGUAAUUGGUUUGACAUAAAGUGAACUGAAAAAAUACUUUUUUAUCUCCAUAGAACAUGAAAUAGGUGAUUCUAACCAUUUUAAUUGAUGUCAUGUAGGUGUAUUCUUUUGUGAAUCCCUUCAGCUAAACUGGUGAUUUUCACUGGUCAGAGCAGGUUAAUUUCUUUGUCACUGAGCAUGAAAAGAAAACGUUUAUAAUUGAUUCACCCUAGCCUGGAAGAUGACUUCCUCUUGCAUGGAAUUAUUAUAAGAUGUAAAAAAAUUACAUAUCAACUACCGUAAGUAACGGUGUAUUAACCGCACCUUUUUCUCGGCGGGACAGAAUCAAAAGUCGGGGGUGCGGUUUAUACACGGUGACAGGUCUGAGCCAAGCCAAUCUCAGCCCGAUACCACUACCAGGUUUUCAACUCGCGUCGGGUGGCGGUGCGUAGCCGCUUGGGGCAAUCCCGUUUAGAGGGGUAUGAGCCGCAGGUAUAAAAGGGAAGCAACUAUGACUACCGGUAUCUGCCGUAAAUGUCCCUCAAAGUUAUAUCACGGUAACAAACGCACCUACCUUCAUGAAACUGACUUUUUUUAAUGGUGCGACUCUGUCUUUGUUGUCAUUUUUUAGUCAUCGCGGCAAAGUUCAGACGCCAAUCAAUCGCACAGCGCGGUGCAGCUAGCCAAAUAAGACAUGCAUGUGUAAUGUUUAUCGCAACGUCAACGUAAGCUGGCGCUUUACCUUUCCGUGGAAGUUAUUUUGUUUGACAAAUUAUUGGUAUUAUUUGACAAUUAAUUUCUUUCUUUUGCCUUUCCUUCAUUUCUCUCUAUCAUCCAUCAUCUCAAAAUCAAUCUUCAAUCCCCAUCUUCACUCCUUCCGACUUUUUAUUUUUAAUUAUUAUUCACUUUAUUCCCGCCCAGAGCUCCCAUUGAAAAUACGGUAUACCGGUACUAGCAUUUUUUCCCCUAUUUUGCUGUCUGUAAGAUACCGCCACACACGUACUGAGAACUACCGGUAGUGGUUCAAAGCAGACAAGAAAAACACCUGAACAAAAUCGCAAAUUUCACGUAUCUUGAACCUUCCCGUAUUCCCUUGUCUAAAAUUCAUGUCAAGACAUUGAAUGCUAGACAGAAUUCUGAAAGCAAAAGUGGGGCUGUGAUGCAGGAAAUAUGAUAUGAACGAUCUUCUCGUAUGGGUGAG